AUGAUUAGCGACCUCUACUCCCAGAGUUUCAAUUUUCAAAGCUUCUUGCAGAAAGGAGUCGAUCCUCGUACUGGACAAUACACCGUCAGCAUUCAACUCUUUGUCGCGCCAUCGGAGACUCGCAACUGUCCGUCACUCGAACUGUCGCUAAGCUACAAUCCCCUCAACACCAAAGAUAUCGGUCUGGGCACUGGCUGGUCCUUUAAUCUACCCUCCUACGACCAUCGCCAAGGCAAGACUCUGUUGCUCUCGUCGGGUGAAAACUUUCAAGCCACUGAGACCACCAGUGCCUUUUUCAUCCAGGACCAGAAGCUCAAGAGCUUCCAGGCCAAGAGAACGGGAUCAUCAGCAGGAUCCACUUAUGAGGUGGCCUACAAAUCAGGCCAGGUAGAGAUUCUCUCCGGUUUCAACAACACUUACAACCAAUCGGUUCCAAUCACCAUCUACGGCGCAAAUGGUCGUGCACUCAGUCUGGAGUGGACCCGCAACGGUGAACAGCCACGACUGAGUAAGAUUCAAGACGGUGAGGAUGUUCUGCUGGAAGUUCAGUAUUCCGAUGCGCAAGUAACCAUCACCAAGGCGCCUGGAACUACCGCGGCCAGCACCUUCACGCUUAUCCGGCGUAAUGCGCAAUUAACCCAGCUCAAACUGCCGCUGGACGACGACACGCCCCCGUGGCAGUUUUCGUACACUCCCUCAGCAACGGAUUUGUGUGUGUCUCACAGGUGA